GGGGUGAGCACACGCGGCACCACCAGGUGCAGCCGGUUGUGCCGUGGCGCGCCCCGGCCGGCAUUGGCCUUCCUGCCGGGCGGAACUGUGAAAGAUUGUACUCCGUGCGGCGCGCUGCGUUUCCCCUCCCUGAGGCUCUCUCCCGUCUUCGCUAUUCAGGCGCGCUUUGUCGCGGACCUCGCUGCUGUGUCUUCGUCGCCGUUGCGUGCACGAUUGCGUGGGGCAGCGCUGCCGUCCGCGCUCAAUUCAACGACGUGUCGUGCAUAAUCGCAUGCAGCGAAUGCCAGACCUUCAAUCGUUGCGACGAACGGUCGAGGAAUAGCGAAGACGGAGAGCGUAAGCUGGAUUUGCUUUGAGAGCUAAGCUGGGAGGAAGCCCCGUUUUGAAACAUUCUCCUUUUCCUUGAUUCCUGUAUCCCCGCCAAGCUGGCGAGGAACGUGAUUAGAAUCGAGCGGGUUGUGAGGCCUACCCCGAGGCCAAUGGGUCUGUUUGGAAGGCAGCGGCCUUCAGCUAGGGUGAAUGAGGGGGAUCCAGGUACCCCAACUGUGGUUUCACCGAAUCAAACUGGUGGAAGUCAGUCUAGGCGGAAUGAUGCAGACACAUGCCGCCCAAGAAGUUGGCUGAGUGGGAUGGCUGACUUUGGAAGACCUCAGCGGGCGUUUGCAGAGGAAGAUAGUCUUGUGGAUGAAGAGGAACGGAUCCAAGUGGAAGAAGCCGUGCGCGAGAGCCUGAAGGACCGUAAGCGUGUGCGGACAGGCACAGGAAAUGAUGAUCUGGAGUAUGCAAUGGCUCUCUCGAUUGAAGAUGAGGAGCGGCGAAGAGAAAGAGAAAACAAGGAGAUGGAGCAGUUGAAGCGGGAUGAGGAGCUAGCUAGGCGGCUGCAGGAGCAGCUGGACUUCUCCGAGGCUCUCCCUGGGGACAGCCGCAGGUAUCCUGAUCUGACUGUUCCAGAUGCCAGACCUCCUCUGGAUGCCUCGACAGUACCACCCUUGCCGUCGCCUGGUCCAUCCCUGUUUGUGAGUCCAUUUGUUCUCGGCUGCCCUAGGUGUAAGAUGCCAAUUGGUUAUGGGAGAUAUCUCAACUGCCUUGGUCGGUCGUGGCACCCAGAUUGCUUCAGAUGCAAAGCUUGCAAUGUACCUAUCAGGGAGCAUCAGAAGUCCGGGGAAACGGACGAGGCCUAUCAGGCCCGGAUGCUGGCCUGGAGUACCGAAACCAAGAGACAGGCGGAUGACGUAGCAACCGCAGCGAAGAAGAAGGCAGAGGACGCCGAGAAGGCACGCAUGUUGGCAAUCGAACAGCAGCGCCAGCAAGACGAGGCAGCAGCAAGGGCUGCCCAUGAAGAACGAAUUCAACGACGCGAGAAGAUAUUCGGGAGGGAGCGAGCCUUGCUCACAAUGGCAGCGGUAUGGAGGACAGAGGCCGAGAAUGGAAAGAUGGAGGAGAGUGAAAAUAAGAUCGCUCUACUCCUCUCCCAUCUCACAGACCUCCUAACCACGUGCAUUGCACAGCAGGAGGACAUCCACAACCUCGACGACAUGGUUCAGCAGCACAAAUGGGCGUUAGAUAACCCCCUCCAGCAGCUGGAACAAACCAUUGCCGCCCCUGUUGCCAGCUCCUCCAACACCUCCGAUCGCCUCAAGGCUUUGGAGAUUGACGUCGGAUCCCUCAAGGACGGUGUGCAGUUACAGCACACCGCGACGCAACAGUUCGAGCAGCGCAUCUGUGCUGCGGCCGCCAACCCAAGUUCGGGACAGCGGGAGUCAACUCCAAAGUUCGAUGGUCAAGAGAUCUUCUGCGAUUCGACGAAGACGGACCCGAUUCCGUGGUUCCGCAAGUUUGAACUCACGUUGCAGCUCCAUCUCGUCAGCGAAUACAAGCACCAUGCGUACUUAUACUCCCGGUCGGGAGGCGCACGUCAAGCAUGGAUGGACAAUCUCUUGUCCAAGUACGGGGUGGUCGCUGCAGAGUUGCACACCAAGAUCAGUUGGGAUGAUCUUAAGGCGGCAUGGCAUAAGCGGUUCCAAGUUGAGCCGCCGGAGAUCAAGGCAAUGGACAAGCUAAUGGUCUUCGAACAAGGCACGCUGCCGAGUACUGAUUGGAUUGCCGAGUACCAGCGCUUGACAUCCAUCCCGGACAUUCAAAUGGGCUUCAAAGCCAUCCGCCACUAUUUUAUCUCAAGGUCGUGUCCGACAUUGAGCAAUGCCUUGACUCACGUCGAGGACACACCGACGACAACGCCGGAACUAUUUGACAACGCCGCGCAGAUUAUUGUCACGAACAAGGAGGCUAAGAACCUGCGUUCGUCUGCGGCAGGCCCAAGCAGAGAUCAGCGUCGGUCGAAAGUGGCCAUGGUCGCGGCGACAACGCCGUUUGACCAACUAGCGAGGCGGUGUUUGCCGAUGAAGGGGAUAGACUCGCAGCCGCCCGGGAAGGUGGCCGCCCCGACAAAGGUUGAGGAGGUGGGAAGCUACGACGACAACAACGCACCGCUCCUCUAUGUCCGCACCCAAGUUGGGCAAGCGUCCUGCAGUGCUUUGCUGGAUAGCGGCGCGUCUCGCAAUUUUAUGAGCCAAGCCUUUAUGCCAAGGGCUGGCCUUGGUACACAAGUUCAAAGGAAGGCAAACCCGACGACGAUCAAGUUGGAGGACGGAAGGACGCAGCAACUUAUCUACCUCUACAUCGAGGCCGUACUGGUGUAUUUCGCACCUCAUGCAUGCGAACCGGUAACGUUCGACAUUCUGGACACGGACUUCGCUAUUAUUUUGGGAAUGCCUUGGCUUGCAAGUGAGGAUCACACAGUCAACUUCCACCGGCGGACUCUUACAGUUCACGACACGUUCGACGCCGAAGUACCGUGUACUAUUCCUCUUUCGCACCCUUCGAUUCGGUGCCAAGUGGUGACGACGAAGUCAUUCCGGGCUACUUGUGCUUACGAGCAGCCCGAUGAGAUCGGCCUAUGCUUCCUACGCACCGUCGCAGUAGCCGACUCUUCACCCACAGGCUUGUCUUCGGACCCCCGUGUGGUGCGGUUGCUUGACGGGCUCGCUGACAUCUUCGAGUCACCUACCGGUGUGGUGCCUGAUCGGCCAAUCUCUCACGAGAUCAUUCUCGAGGCCGGUGCCGUGCCGCCGAAAGGUUGCAUUUAUCGCAUGAGCGAGGAGGAGGUCACGGUCCUCCGCGCACAACUCGAUGAUUUGUUGGACAAGGGUUGGAUCCGCCCUAGUAGCUCUCCAUACGGAGCGCCAGUUCUCUUCGUACGGAAGAAGAACAAAGAUCUACGAUUGUGUAUCGACUACCGCAAGCUCAACGCGCAAACCGUCAAGAACGCGGGGCCUCUUCCUCACAUCGAUGAUCUUCUGGAGCGAUUGGGCGGCGCAAAGUAUUUUUCUAAGUUGGAUUUAAAGUCGGGAUAUCAUCAAAUCUCGAUCCGGCCGAACGAUCGCUACAAAUCCGCGUUCAAAACGCGGUACACACGUUUUGAGUGGAUGGUCAUGCCUUUUGGCCUCACCAACGCCCCGGCGACCUUCCAAGCGGCAAUGACCAACGAGUUUCGUACGAUGUUGGACCGGUUCGUGCUGGUCUACUUAGACGACAUUCUCGUCUAUAGCCGAUCUUUGGAGGAUCAUCGUGAGCACCUUCGACGAGUGUUGGAAACGCUCCGCCGCGCCAAGUACAAGGCCAACAACGACAAGUGUGAAUUUGUCCGGCAAGAGCUGGAAUAUGUGGGCCAUUUUGUCACACCGGAGGGCAUCAGUCCGCUAUCGGACAAGAUUCAAGCUAUCCAAGAGUGGUCGGAGCCACGGAACGUCACGGAUGUCCGUUCGUUCCUUGGCCUCGCCGGCUACUACCAGCGUUUUAUCAAAGGCUACUCGAAGAUCACGGCCCACUUGACCAAGCUUCAAUGCGAGGAUCGGCCGUUUGACUUCGGAGAGGAGGGGCGGGAAUCAUUUUUGGCUCUCAAAGCCGCACUAUUAUCUGCGAACGUCUUGUGCAUAUACGACCCGCUUUUGCCUAUUCGCGUCACUACGGAUGCAUCCGGCUAUGGCAUUGGUGCCAUCCUCUAGCAACACGAUGGCGUGGACUGGCACCCGGUCGA